UCGUCUGCGGUGUGGUGUUAGGUUCGGUGGGUGUGUGUACCGGCAAGAUGGCAGGCGGCAGCUCAUCGGUCGGUUCACGGCCGACUAAAGUGCCGAAUUCGGCAUCCCUGGUGAACGCAUCAGGGUUGCAGAGCUUAGUCGUGUUUCUAGUUCUUCUCCUGGCAUGGAUAGGCGGUUUCGCCUCGCGACUCUUUGCCGUAAUUCGCUUCGAAAGCAUCAUCCACGAGUUCGACCCAUGGUUCAACUACAGAGCAACAGCUUACAUGGUCCAACAUGGAUUCUACAACUUCCUCAACUGGUUUGAUGAGAGGGCUUGGUACCCUCUGGGCCGCAUUGUCGGCGGCACCGUCUACCCUGGGCUGAUGUUGACCUCUGGCGCCAUUCACCACGUUCUGCACUCAUUGAACAUUCCUGUCCACAUCAGAGACAUCUGUGUUUUCCUUGCACCUGUCUUUUCUGGUCUCACAGCGAUCUCUACCUACUUCUUGACCAAGGAGCUGUGGUCCCCUGGUGCAGGACUCUUUGCUGCUUCCUUCAUCGCCAUUGUCCCUGGAUACAUCAGCAGAUCAGUUGCUGGAAGUUACGACAAUGAAGGAAUUGCAAUUUUCGCCCUACAGAUGACCUACUUCCUUUGGGUCAAGGCUGUGAAAACUGGAUCCGUUUUUUGGGCAUCCAUGACCGCUCUGUCUUAUUUCUACAUGGUGAGCGCGUGGGGUGGUUACGUGUUCAUCAUCAACCUGAUCCCGCUGCAUGUGUUCGCGCUGCUUCUGAUGGGUCGCUACUCUGCCAGAGUGUACACGGCCUACUCGACAUUUUUCAUUCUCGGGCUCCUCUUCAGCAUGCAAAUCCCGUUUGUUGGCUUCCAGCCAGUACGCACUUCUGAGCACAUGGCCAGUGCUGGCGUCUUCGUCCUCCUGAAUGCCAUUGGUGCCAUCAAGUACAUCCAAGCGUUGAUCUCCAAGUCGGACCUUAAGGCGCUCUUCUUGACCGUUGCUGCAGGAGCUGCUGGCGCAGUGUUCCUCGGCGUUGUUGGCCUUACCUACUUGGGGGUCAUUGCCCCAUGGAGCGGAAGAUUUUACUCCCUUUGGGACACCGGCUACGCCAAGAUCCACAUCCCAAUCAUUGCUUCUGUAUCUGAGCAUCAGCCGACAACCUGGUUCUCCUUCUUCUUUGACUUGCACAUCCUCGUUGGCACUUUCCCUGUCGGUCUUUGGUACUGCAUCAAGUCCAUCAAUGAUGAACGCGUUUUUGUUGUCUUGUACGCACUCUCGGCUGUGUACUUUGCUGGUGUGAUGGUUCGUCUCAUGCUCACGCUCACACCAGUUGUCUGCAUCCUGGCCGGAAUUGCGUUCUCGCGUCUGUUUGAGUUGUACCUGAAGGAUGAGGAUCCCAAAACCCCCAUUGACGAGGCAGACUCUGAGGGAGAUGAUGCUGCCGAGGCCAUCGGUGGCAGGAAGCUCUAUGACAAGGCAGGUAAGAUGCGUAGGAUGAGGCACGAACAACCUUCAGAGCCUACAAGCCUUGGUGCCAACAUUCGGAUGGUGAGCCUCGUGGCGACCGUCAUGAUGCUGAUGAUGUUUGCUGUCCACUGCACUUGGGUCACCUCAAACGCAUACAGCAGCCCGUCAAUCGUCCUUGCAUCAUAUGGAAAUGAUGGCUCUAGACAGAUUUUGGAUGACUUCCGAGAGGCCUACUACUGGUUGAGUCAAAACACAGCCGAUGAUGCGAGAGUGAUGAGCUGGUGGGAUUACGGAUAUCAAAUAGCGGGAAUGGCAAAUCGGACAACUCUAGUGGACAAUAACACGUGGAACAAUAGUCACAUCGCAUUGGUGGGAAAAGCCAUGUCUUCGAAUGAGAGUGCUGCAUAUGAGGUGAUGAAGGCACUGGACGUGGAUUACGUGCUAGUCAUUUUUGGCGGUGUGAUCGGCUACAGCGGUGACGACAUCAACAAGUUCCUUUGGAUGGUACGCAUUGCUGAAGGAGAACACCCGAAAGACAUCAGGGAAAGUGACUUCUUCACCGAGCGCGGCGAGUUCAGAGUUGAUGAAGAGGGCACCCCGACGCUCCUCAACUGUCUCAUGUACAAACUCAGCUACUACCGUUUCGGGGAGCUCAAGCUGGAUUACCGAAGCCCGGCUGGACUUGACCGCACUCGCCAAGCGGUGAUUGGAAACAAAAACUUUGAACUCACCUACCUGGAAGAAGCAUACACCACUGAACACUGGCUUGUCAGGAUUUACAAGGUGAAGAAAGAAAAUGAAUUCAACAGGCCUAGGAUUCCAGUGGCCAACCGUGUGAUCAAGGGAAAUCGCUUAUUUGUAUCAAAGAAGACAAGCAAGAGGAAGAAAGGGUCAUUGAAAAAUCGACCAACUGUUGUUAAAGGCAAGAAGAGAACGUAAUGGGAGCGUUUGUUUGCUUGAUUGAUUGUCUGCCUGUCUGCGCAUUGACUUGUGUGUUGAAGAGGGAAUACUUGUGGUGAUUGAACUUGCUGUUUGUUGCUUUUUUAAACAAUAAAGUCCCCAGCUGUUUGAA